AUGUUUUUGCCGCCAUGGACAUCUAUGAUGACAAGUACUCAUCGAUAUUUAUGUGAAAAUGAAAAAGAUGAUGUUAAAGAAGAACCAUCAUCAACAACAACAACAAUUACUCUGACAACUGAUACAACUACGUCAAUUGGAUUUCAAUUUAAAUAUUUCAAUUCGAAACGAAUUGAUCCAUUACUGUUGCAAUCAUCAUCAUUUAUUAAAGCUAUCCAUUUAGUUGAAGAUUUAAUUAUCAAUCCAAAUUUAAAUGUUUAUUAUUCACAUGUAAUCAUACCUGAAUUACGAUUUGUUAAUAUAUUUGACAAACAACAAUCUUUACAAUAUUCUCAUCGUAUUAAAUCUUUCUUAUGUGAAUUAGUACAAGAUCUUCAAUUUAAUGUUGUUAAUUUACCUGAUAGUUAUAGUCAUUUCAUAGGCGAUUAUUCUUUUGAAUCAACAGGAAAAGAUGAUAUUAUUCAAUAUGAUAAAACAAUAAUAAAUGGUAUAAUUAGUUUAGAAGCAUCAAAUAAAACAACAUCAUCUACAAUAGCUAAACAAAUUUUUUUUAUUUUUGCAAAAACAUUACAUGAAAUUGCUCAUGCUUGUAUUUUUCGUAGUGGUCGAUUAAUGAUGUCAACACGUCGGCAGUUGAAUAAAAAACAUGAGUGUUUUAAUACACCAGCUACUCAUGCUUUAUCUGCUGAAGCUGGUAAUGCUAUUGAGAGGUUUUUAUUUGGUUCAGUUAUUGGUACACUUGGUAAAAAAUUUGCUGAUUUAUAUAUUAUUAAACAGCUUCUGCUACGGGAACAAAAGCCAAAUGGUAUUAUUGAUGCUUCAUGGUUAACGAGAUUUGUUAAUUCAAAUUUAACAAAUUUAAAUGAUUUUCCAUUAAUUAUUUAUGUAACAUUGACAGAUAAAAAAUUAAGAGCAACAAAAUCAAGUCCCAAAACCUUAGAAGAACAUACAAGUAAUGAUGAUAGUAAAGAUACAAAUAACGAAGAAGAUGAAGAUGAAGAUGAAGAUGAACAUGAUGAUGAUGAUGAUGAUGAUGAUGAACCUAUUUUAGUAGCAAUCGACUGA